AUGGCAGACGACAAGUAUUCCAAACGUAUUCGUGGAAAGAUGGCUAGUACAGGAAGAAGUAAAAAGGCGGACCGUAUGAGAAAAAUGAAUAGAAAGGAAACAGUACGAGGUGAAGACCAUGAUUACGGCGCUGUUUUUGUAGAAGGACUUAGUGUAAAUGCAACUGAUUUGGAAGUUGGGGAAAAUGUUGAACUGGGAUCCUCCAAACCUUGGUUCCAAGGAAGACGGGUUGUUGAACUAGAUGUGCUGGCCAGGUCCAUGAACUGUGAGAAAUGCAGUUCGUGGCUCCGAUUAUCUGACAUAAAAGAUGAGGUGAUUUAUGGGAUGGCUAGUUUUUUAUAUAUUUCGUGUCCAAGCAGUGCUUGUCAACACAUCAGUCUGGUACCAACGGAGAAGAAGAGCAACGGCAAAGGCUUUGAUAUCAACUACAAAGUUUGUUUAGGAUCAAGCAAAGGUAUGGAGCCAGACAUGGCAUGUUCAAUGAUCCAAAGGCUUGCUGAGGAUGGAUAUACGGUUGGGACUUUACAUGCGGAUAUUGAUGCUACAACCCAAUCAAGACUGCCUCGUUCAAUUAUUAAAAAAGAUGACAAAACAGAUGUGAAGAAAAAUCUGUCCAAACGUCUAUAUGGUCUGUCAAAAAACUACAAACAGUUAAAAUCAGCAAAAGUAAUUCCCUACAUAGUGAGGUGUUUUAUGUAUACUAUUUCUAAACACCAAAAUAGUAAACAAUCAAUGAAGACAGAACUCGCCACUAUAGUGCCACAUAUUUUUGGACACCAUGAACAGUGCAGUCCAACUUGGUGUACAUAUGUUAAAGAUCCAACUAAAUUUAGAUUCAAACAUUUACCCAAUGGGAAGGCCCUUUCUGGAGACAAGCUGAGGGAAGAGCUGGACAAGUUGGCACAACGUUAUAUUGAAAGAGCAGAUAGGCUGUUAAAUCUAGGGUCAACACAGUCAAACGAAAGUUUCAACAACAGUGUUGCUAGUUUUGCCCCAAAAAACAGGUUUUAUGGAGGAACUAAAUCAUUAAAAGCUAUGGUGUCUUCAGCUGUGAUGCAAAAGAAUGAAGGCUAUGGUUGGUUAAGCAAGGUGAAUAAGAAGUCUCUACUCUCUCCUGGACAUUUGACCAUACUUCAUGGAAUUCGAAAGGAUCGAAGGCGUAAACUGAUUAGGAAAACACAGUCAACUACUAAUUUCAAAAGAAAAAGACUCACAAUAAAGUCCAAGAAAUUGAAAGAUAAUCAGCGAGAAUCAGUAAAAGAGGGAGACACCUAUGGAGGAGAAAUAGAAGUGCAAGAACAUAUUGACACAGAAACUAUUCCAUCGAAGAUGAAGUUUGGAGGAGAAGAAUCAGUAGUAGUUUUUGAUUUAGAAUCAACAGGAUUCAAGUCUGAUAUUACGCAGCUGGCUGCAUUUGAUGGAACCACUGUUUUUAAUGAAUAUGUAUCACCUAGGGAGGUUAUUUCACCCAAAAUAUCAGAAAUAACAGGAUUGACUUUUGAUUUUUCUUGUGAUCAGAUGUACCAUCAUGGUAAACCAGUUAAAAGCAGAGACAUUCAGAUUGUACUCCUGGAAUUUAUUGAGUUUAUAAGCAAAAAGAAGAAACCAAUUCUUUUCGGUCACAAUAUUACUUCGUUUGACAUUCCCAUAUUGAUGAACAAACUACGUCAGCACAGUCUUCUUUCAGAAUUCGUGUUACAUAUUUAUGGGUGCAUUGAUACAAUAAAAUUGACAAGAAGGAAAUUCAAAACUAAAGACAUUGGAAAUCAUAAACAACAAACAUUGGUCACAAAAUUACUUGGCGUAGAAUAUGAUGAUCACAAUGCAUGUGCUGAUGUCACAAGUCUAUUUCAACUUCUUGCGCACUUUGAAUAUUCAGAAAAGGACGUUUUUCGAUUCAAUUCAGCUUUGCUAACAGAUUCUUACAUUCCCUUGAUAUGGGCCUCGCACAUCACCAAGCUAACAGCUAGAAGAUUAGCACACAGUGGACUUUGUCUGAAACAUCUACAGUUAGCAUUUAACAAAGACAGUGAAAAUGGCCUCAAAUCUAUUUUGUUAGAGCAUGGCUUUAAUGCCAAAACAGUCACAUGUUUUACUAAAUAUUUUACAUGUACUGAGGAAUAA